AUGGAUACACUUAUUCUCGAUCAAACAUCUGCAAUUUAUCUUCAAGAUUUUCGUACUGAACCUUGUCAAGUAUGUGGAGAAAAUGCUAGUGGAUGGCAUUGUGGUUCGAUUACAUGUGAAGCAUGUAAGAAAUUUUUUCUUCGAUCUGUCAAUGAUGAAUAUCGUAAAUAUAAAUGUAUAAAAGAUAAAAAAUGCCCUAUUACACGUACAACACGAACUCAAUGUCAAUAUUGUCGUUAUACAAAAUGUAUUGAAGUUGGAAUGAAAUUAUCAGAAGGAAAUUCAAAUCCAAAAAUUGAAGAAAUUUUUAAACAAAUUCCAUGUGCCGUAUGUCAAAAAGCAUCAUCUGGAAUACAUUUUGGGGCCACAACCUGCGAAGGUUGUAAAGGUUUCUUUCGUCGUACAAUAAAAGAACGUAUACCACAACGAUAUAAAUGUCCAGAAAAAAAUAAUUGUGAAAUUAAUUAUUUAACACGAAGUGCUUGUCGAGCAUGUCGCUUUCAAAAAUGUCUUACAGUAGGAAUGUCAAUUGAAGGUUCACGUAUCGGACGACAAUCUAAUUUAUUCAAACAUAAAAUGGUUGAAAUGCAACGUCGAGGAUUAAUACGUUCACAAUUACAUCAUGUUAUUGCUCUAAAUUCAACUAAUUAUCAUUACAAUUCAUCGAAUCGAAUACAUAAUAAUAAUUCAAGAAAAAAAAUUACAAAUAGUACGAUUAAUGAUACUGAUGAAUUAUCAUCAUAUGUUCAAUCUGCAAUGGUAUUAAAUUGUGAAGAUAAAUUGGAAGUUCAUUUAUUACAAAAAAUAUCUGAAGUUGAAAAUGCUUAUAUUAAUUAUCUCAAAGAACUUCCAUUUUGUUCAAAUGAAACAAAUGAUCUAUGGGUUACAUGUGCAACACAAUUAAAUGAAUAUACUGCAAGAGUUAGAGAUUUUACAUUGAAUAUAACAGAUUUUUGUAUUUUAAAUUCUGAUGAUAAAAAUUUAUUAAUCGAUUUAUCAACUCAUUCAGUUAUAGUUCUAUGUCUUUGUUUGCAAUCAUCUCGUUUUCAAAAUUUAAAUUGGAAUUAUUUAAAUAUUUCAAUAAAUUCUACAUAUGGUCAAUAUUUACAACAAACAUUUCCAUUCUUAUUUGAUUUAAAUCAAUUAACAUAUUCAAUGGAAAAAGAAUUUCAGUUAUUAGAACUUGAUGAUAAAGAAAUUGCUUUAUUUAUUAUCUUACUUAUUACUUCUAUUCCAAAUAGUAAAUUCAAAGAAAUGGAAAAAAUUCAAGAAGAUUUCUUUUGUAUUUUAUAUGAUUAUAUGUCAGCUAAACGUGGUAUUCAUAAUACAGAUUAUUUUAUUUUAACAGUUCAAAUUCCAUUUUUACAUCGUAUAAAUAGUAUAAUAUCAACAAAUUUAGUCAAUUUAAAAUAUUCAUCAUUAUCCAUAUAA